AUGCGCUCUUCCCGAGUCGAUUGUUGGCUACUUUCUGGAUUUUUACUUAUCUCGAUGAAUGUGGUUCAAUCUGUUCGAGUCGAUGCAAAUCAUGAACCGGGCUGUAAUGCCCCCGAUGAUAUAAAAUCUGCAUUGAACAUACCUCCCAGGUCGCAAUGCAUUUCUUCGUCUACUGGUGUAGAGGCCUCGGGAUCCACACCUUUUAACAAAAUAGAGUUUCCCAACGAUUUGGACUUUCAUCCAAAUGUAAAAAAUCCCAGGACUAGAAGCCGCCCCAGAUUUUCCGAUCCAAAUCAUUUUGCAGUCGCAGCAAGUCAAAUCGUUGAACCCGCCAAUCUGACUCCACCUUUUUAUCCCAAGAACAUACGGCCGAGAGACCGCAGAUAUGGCCCCGCACUUGCAAUUGCUGAGAGCAUUCGGCCCUAA